UUCAUUUGUAGAAUAUCAUAUAUAACUUCAAUUAUAUUUCCCCCAAUUCUACUUUCCCUAAAAAAUUUUAUAUUUAUUAGACAGACUCAUUUCAAAACAUUUACAAAUUAUUUUUCACAUAUAUACAUCCAUAACAAUUAUCAUUCAAUAUGAAUACUGAUUUAAAAAUCGCUGUUGACGAAGUCGUCAAGAAUUUCCAAGUUGAUAAAGAAUUCCUUAUUAAAGCCACUGAUGAAUUUGUUGAUUCUAUGGUUAAUGGUUUAAAAACUGAUGUUCCUGUUAAGGAAUAUAUGCCAAUGAUUCCAACUUAUGUUACUGGUAUUCCAAAUGGUAAAGAAACUGGGUUAUUCUUAGCUGCUGAUUUAGGUGGUACCAAUUUCAGAGUUUGUUCUAUUCAUUUAAAAGGUGAUCAUACUUUUGAUUUAAAACAAUCUAAAUCUGAAAUUCCAAAAGAAUUUAUGCAAGGUUCUUCUGCUAAUGAUUUAUUUGCUUAUUUAGCUUUAAAAGUUAAAGAUUUCUUAGAUGAACAUCAUCAAGGUAGUAAAUCUAAUGAAAAAUUAAAAUUAGGUUUUACUUUUAGUUUCCCUGUUAAUCAAACUGGUUUAAAUAGAGGUACUUUAAUUAGAUGGACUAAAGGUUUUGAUUUACCUGAUUGUGUUGAUAAAGAUGUGGUUGAAUUAUUACAAACCAAUUUAGAUUUAUUAAAAACUAAUGUUCAUUGUGCUGCUUUAGCCAAUGAUACUGUUGGUACUUUAUUAUCUAGAGCUUAUUCAAAUAAUCCUGAAAAAUCAAAUGCUCAUACUGUUAUUGGUGCUAUUUUUGGUACUGGUACUAAUGGGGCUUAUUUUGAAACUUUAGAAAAUAUUCCAAAAUUAAAAGGUGUUGUUGAAGGUAUUAAAGGUAUGGUUGUUAAUACUGAAUGGGGUUCAUUUGAUAAUACUCUUAAAAUUUCUCCAAAUACUAAAUAUGAUCAAAUUGUUGAUAAAGAAACUGCUAAUGUUGGUUAUCAUUUAUUUGAAAAGAGAAUCUCUGGUAUGUUCUUGGGUGAAUUAUUAAGAGUUGUUCUUAUGGAUUUAUUUGAUAGAUCAUUAGUAUUUGAAGAAUUAUAUAAACAAAGAGGUGGAUCAUUACCUCAUAGAUUAACUGAACCAUGGUUAAUUUCUGGUGAAGUUUUAUCAUAUUUGGAAAUUGAUGAUUCAACUGAUUUGAAAAUGUCUCAAUUAGUAUUGGAAAAUCAUUUAAGAUUACCAACCACUAAAGAAGAAAGAUUAGCCAUUCAAGCUGUUACUAGAGCCAUUUCUCAUAGAGCUGCUUUCCUUUCUGCUAUUCCAUUAGCUGCCAUUGUUAAAAAGGUUAAAGAUCAAUAUAAAGAUUGUACUAAAGAUUUUGAAGUUGGUUGUGAUGGUUCAGUGGUUGAAUUCUAUCCAGGUUUCCAAGCUAAAAUCUUAGAAGCUGUUGCUUUAAUUGAUCCAUUAGAAGGUUCUUCCAAAAAGAUUCAUAUUAGAAUCGCUAAAGAUGGUAGUGGUGUUGGUGCUGCAUUAUGUGCUUCUGUUGCUAAAUAAGUAACUGUUUGACAUGUACAAAAAAUUCUAUUUUAUAAAAACCCAACAAUGAUAUUGGAAAAACUAAACUUCAAGUAAAUAAAAUUAAUAUGCAUUUUACGAUUAAUGACACUUUUUUUUAUCAUAUUUUCAAAUUAGCUUGACUUUAUAUAUAUAUAUAUUACUAUUUUUCUUGUUUUGUAUUAAAAGAACUGAAAAUCCCCCAAAAAAAAUCCCCAAAUAUUACUUUUAGUGUUCUUCUUGCAUAUUGUCUUAUUACAGAUAUUUGUUUCUUACUUCUUUAUACUUUUCUCUUCUCCAAGUUUAUAUUUUUU